GGGGCCGCCGGAAGCGGUGGCGGAAGUGACGCGAGUCCACGGCGGCCUUUCCCUGCCUGGCCUCUUCCUCCCAGUCGUUGGCGGCAAUGGCGUUGGAGACGGUGCCCAAGGACCUGCGGCACCUGCGGGCCUGCCUGCUCUGCUCCCUCGUCAAGACCAUUGACCAGUUUGAAUUUGACGGCUGUGACAACUGCGAUUCCUACCUGCAGAUGAAAGGGAACCGCGAGAUGGUUUAUGACUGCACCAGCUCUUCCUUUGAUGGAAUUAUUGCAAUGAUCAGCCCUGAGGACAGCUGGGUUUCCAAGUGGCAGCGAAUAAGUAACUUCAAGCCCGGCGUGUACACAGUGUCUGUGACUGGCCGUCUGCCCCAAGGGAUCGUACGGGAGCUGAAGAGCCGCGGGGUGGCCUACAAGUCUCGGGACACCGCCAUAAAGACCUGAGGAACCUUUGUGCCUCGGAGGCCUGCGUCGCUUUCUGGAUUCUCUUUCCAUAGCGACUGACUGGAUCUGGUGGGGGGCGGGGGGUGUCGAUGUACAGGGGGUGUUGGGAGAGGGGUUUUUAAACAGGAACGGAAGGCCAACCACCUGCUAGCGGGUCCUCCAUCCAGCCCUGGCCGCUGAACCCGGCCAGGGGUCUCUCUGGAAGGUGGGGUUGCCAGCAAGGGGAGCAUCACUAUUUCUGUAAAUAUUAAGACGGUUUAUUAAAAUGUGAGAUUGGAAGUGUGCACGCUGGCUUCGACUGGUCCAGUGUUCCUCGUCCUCCACGACAUCCAGAGCAGAAAGCGCACGGGUUUCAUCCUGGACUGAAAUGGCAGGUUUGGCUCCAAGAUGGGCUGAGAGGUCCUCUCUCCCUUGCGCCGCGGGGCCUUCCGCUCUUGGCCCGUGUCACAUUUCUCACUUGGGGAACUCGUCCAUCCGUGUUUGCCCUCACAAUGGCUGCAUUUCACGCAGGAGCCGCUGAAGCUGGGAGAUCAUAUCUUCCCAAAAAUGCAUCUGGAAGAGGCAGGACUCGAACCUAGCUUUUCUGGAGGUGGGCCCGCUUUGCCAUUUUGCUGGGCUGCUCAGCACCAAAACUCCUCUUAUUUCUCCAACUUCUACCCUGGACCCUUUGCUUUCCCCCAGCGUCUGGUGAUGGAGGAGAACGGGUCUUGCGGUAGCCAGCAUGUACAGCCUCCUUUCCUAAGCAGGUUUUCAGUUGGAUGGGUGGCUACAAAUCAGCACCAUUUGCUGUAAGGUAUUCCCCUUCGGAGAUGGGGCCAGUGGAGAGUUUUUUGUGUGCAGAAGGUCCCAGGUUCACUCGCUGGCAGCAUCUCCAGGUUGGGUUGGGAAAGACAGAAACCUUGGAGACUGCUGCCAGUCAGAGUAAACAAUACUGAGCUGGUGGACCCAUGGUCUGACCCCGUAUAAGGUAGCUUCCUAUGUUCCUAUCCCAAAUCUGUUGGGAUUGUGUGUUCUAUUUAGGGCCCACAAUCUAAAAAAAAAGAAAUAAGGUAGACACCAGCAGCAGCUACUGGAGGCAUGAUGUGAUGGGGACGGAUAGGACCAGUUGCUCUCCCCCUGCUAAAUACAAGAGAAUCACCAGUUUAAAAAGGUUUCCUCUUUGCUCAGUUAGUUGGGGAUAUAAUUUUGGAUUCCAAUAAAUGCAGUGUUCUAGUA